AAGUAAUUCCUUAGACACGGAUGCAAAUGUUUCAGAUGUCUCUUUCAUAAACGUCUUACACUGUCUGUGUAUAUAAGAAGAUAUAGAUGACUGUAGACAGAAGUGUUCUAAGCCGUGUCGCAAAUUCGCCAUUGGGCACAUUUAGUUUAUUUCUGUCAUACAGCCAUAACAGGUUUUAAACAUGGCCAUGGAAGCAGCGGACAUGAUCAUUGUAGCGAUCUACUUCAUCCUGGUGUUAGGGAUUGGCUUCCUUGCAAUGUGGAAAGCCAAUAGGAACACAGUGAGCGGCUACUUCCUGGCGGGGCGCUCGAUGAAUUGGGCAGCUGUGGGAGCUUCUCUAUUUGUCAGUAACAUAGGAAGUGAGCACUUCAUUGGAUUGGCUGGAUCAGGUGCUGCUAGCGGUCUCAGUGUGGCUGCAUGGGAGCUCAAUGCUGUAUUACUGCUCCAGUUUUUAGGCUGGGUGUUCAUUCCAGUCUAUAUCCAGUGUGGCAUCUACACUAUGCCAGAGUACCUGUCCAAGAGAUAUGGGGGGAAUCGACUGAAGGUGUACUUUGCUGCUUUAUCUCUUGUCCUUUACAUCUUCACCAAGCUGUCUGUGGAUCUCUAUUCUGGAGCCUUGUUCAUCAAAGAAUCCUUAGGUUGGAACCUCUAUCUGUCCAUCCUCCUCCUCAUCGCCAUGACAGCUCUGCUGACCAUCUCCGGAGGUCUGGUUGCUGUUAUCUACACAGACACAGUUCAAGCGUUCCUCAUGAUUGCUGGGGCCCUCUGUCUGACAGGCAUCAGCCUCGUCAAAGUGGGAGGGUUCGAAGGUGUGAGACACGGUUACAUGGAGGCCACUCCAAACAUCAGUGCCAUCUUGCUGUCUUCACCCAAUCUGACGUAUUCUGAGUCCUGCUAUAACCAUGCCAUUCCGAAGCCAGAUAGUCUGAAGAUCCUCCGAGAGGCCCAGGAUCCAGACCUGCCAUGGCUUGGUUUCUUACUCGGCCAGACUCCUGCCUCUAUUUGGUACUGGUGUGCAGAUCAGGUGAUUGUUCAGCGGGUUCUGGCAGCAAAAAAUAUUGCUCAUGCCAAAGGGUCAACAAUCAUGGCCGGUUUCCUCAAAAUCCUGCCAAUGUUUAUCAUUGUCAUCCCAGGAAUGAUUUCCAGGAUCUUAUUCGCUGAUGACUUGGCGUGUAUCAGUCCAGAGCACUGCAUUGAAGUGUGUGGCUCUGCAGCUGGCUGCAGCAAUGUGGCUUACCCAAGGCUCGUCAUGUCAGUAAUGCCCGUCGGUCUCCGCGGGUUGAUGAUGGCUGUUAUGAUUGCAGCUCUAAUGAGCGACUUGGACUCUAUCUUUAAUUCUGCAAGCACCAUCUUUACCCUAGAUAUUUACAAGAUGCUACGAAAGCAGGCGUCGUCCAGAGAGCUGAUGAUAGUAGGCAGGCUGUUUGUCCUUUUCAUGGUGAUCAUAAGCAUCGCCUGGGUGCCUGUGAUCAUUGAAAUGCAGGGAGGCCAGAUAUUCUACUACAUCCAAGAAGUAUCAGAUUAUCUGACUCCGCCCAUAGCGGCUCUCUUCCUGCUUGGCAUCCUGUGGCGUCGUUGUAAUGAGACAGGUGCCUUUUGGGGAGGGAUGGUAGGGUUUUUCCUUGGAGCUCUCCGUUUGGUUUUGGCAUUUGUUUAUCGAGAGCCACUCUGCGAUCAGCCUGAUGAACGCCCAUCCUUCAUCAAAGAUAUCCAUUACAUGUAUGUGGCAGCCAUCUUGUUUUGGAUAUCAUCUGUGGUGGCUGUUGUUGUGAGUCUCUGCACUCCUCCACCCGAAGAGGGACAAAUCCAAACCACUACUCUCUGGGGACUAAACAAGAGAAAGAAGCUAAAAAAUCAAGGAAGAAAUGCUGAAAAAGACGUCAAUGUUUUGAAACCCCUAAAUCACUCAGCCUUUAAUGGAAAUGGUGUUCUUGGUGAAGAACAGUGUCACAAGGACCCAAACUUGCUCAAUGGCUCUGAGACAAAUCUUGAAAAUGGCCAAUCAGGAAGCAGCAAUAAUGUCACAGCAAGUGAUAUAGAAACAAUCUAUUCAGUACAGAAUGGUGGCUGUGCUCAGAGUUCAGGCUCCAAAAUGGUAGAAAAUGAGGAAAGAAGAGGAGUGGAGGAGGAAGACGAGAGCUGUGGAGCAGGGGACGCAAAAGAGGAGCGUGGAUGUUGUAUUAAGGUUUUGGAUUGGUUUUGUGGAUUCAAGGAGGAAUUGUCCAAAGAUCAGGUCAUAACAGUUCAAGAACAGGAGAAGAUGGUGGAGGAGCUUCUCUAUGAACCUCCAACGACCAGAAUCAUCUUAAACAUCGCACUGGUGGUGGUUUGCUCAGUUGGGAUCUUUCUCUUCAUCUAUUUCUCCUUAUAGGUUCAGUUAUUUCCAAACAGAAGGCCAGAUUUGUCCAAGAAAUACAGAACAGGCAUGUUUGAUACAGUUAAUUACCCAUUACACAAAUGAACAAAAGCCACAUUUUAAGGAUACAAAAGGCAUGGGGCUACCAUAUUUUAUUUUGUUAUUCAAUUUUCAAAAGAUGGUAGAGUUUGAGAUGUACUUGUUGGCAAUACACUUAGAUGCCCAUAUAUAUGUGACAAAGUGAAACCCUUUAAAAAGCAUUUACCCACGUUGCCUUUCGUAUAUUUUUGUUGUGCUGGGUAUAUGCAUACAUACGCAU